AUGGCCCCUCGAACGCGGUCCACCGCCAUGCGCCUCGUUGAAGAUGUGUCGGAAGAAGAAGAAGAAGAAGAAGAAGAGGUUCCUUACUCCUCCGACAACGAAAUCGACCCAGAGACUGGUGAUCCUCUACCUUUCACAUCAGCUCACAAACGCAAAGUUGAACGCGAAAACAACUUUCCACCAGGAGCCUUGACAGAAGCGUAUCGCUGGACCUUCAAGCACCAACUCCCAAAUGUUAUCGAAUAUCUGCGUCUUGAGUUAGAAUUAGGAGAGGUGAAGAAAGCAGAACGAAAAGCCGCGAUGAGGAAAAUAAAGGAGGAGAAGAAGAAGGCUGCGCGGGAGCAAAAUAAGGAGUGUGUGAUUACUGUGGGCGAUAGAGUGGAGGCGAUGAGGAGGAGUGCGAUUAGGAAGAGAGAUGCUCAAUCAUUGAGCCAUGGUAAGGUACCGACUCCUGUGCAAAGAGGUGGAGUGAAGAGAAAAGGGCCGGUGAGGGUGCCGCAAGUUACGGUGCCGUCGGAUGAUGAAGCGGAGAAUGUUGAAUUGGCUGAUGAGAUUGUGGAGGAAGAGGAGGAGGAUGAUGACGAGGAGAUCGAGACCGAGGGCGAUGAUUUUGAAGAGUUCGCUCCGGAGCCAGUAGACUAUUACACCGAUGAGGAUGAAGACGAGGACGAUGACGAGAUCGAGGAGAUCCCGGCUCCUGCGCCUCGUCCUCGCUUCGAUUACGCCGUUCCAGCAGCUUCUGUAUAUGGCAAUCCAACGAGUCUAGGAACCUGGAACCAUCCAUCAAGCCUGCGUCCUGCUUACCAACCCGGUGUGCCAGGCCCAGCGUACAGGAGCAGAUUCUUGCAGCCGAACGUUGGUGGCGGUUCGACUCUGCCAACUCCGCUGUCAGCUCGCAGUCCACUUUUCGGAAACGUACCACGAGCCGAUAGCACUACUCUCGGCAGAGGUCUGGGUGCGGCCUCUCCAGUCGUAUCCAACAAUGGUGGCUUGUUUGGAAGCAGGCCAGUGGCAAGCAGUUAUCCGUCUUCGUUCAACGGAGGUGGAGGCAACGGGCUGUUUGCGAAUGCCCCAAGCUCUACUGGCGCUACGGUUGGCAGCUACGGUCGUCCAGCCGCAGCCAGAAGCUACGGCGAAGAGUAUGGAGAUCUUGAUGAAGCAACCAUCCGAGCUAUUCGCGAAGCUCGUCGCGCGCGUGCUGGCAACUAUUAUGGUGGAAGUCGAGCUCGAUUCACGCUUCCCUGCUUCAGCAAAGGCAAGAAGCAAACCCCUGUCGAAAGGAGAGCUGAGCCAGGCAAAGUGGACGAGCUAAAGCGCCGUGAUGCGAUGCGCAAGAAUUCGGUUGAUCGCCCGCACCUCAAAGGGUCAACCACAGAGUCCAAUGUGAAGCGCAGUAAUGCCCAACGUAUGAACUCGCAGAACCGACCUCACCCUGCUGAAGUGAGAUUUCGAAACCCCGAUGGAGUCAGAAGGAAGCCAGCUGUGCGAUACAAGGAUGGAGAGCGGCCGAGGUAUUAUGUCAAUUGA